UGCGGCGGUCUGAGCGCGCGCUGCUGUGAGGAUGGAGGAUCCCUCGCGCUCCCCCACUGAGGGGGGGUCUCCGGUUCCGGGGCGCGUGAAACAGUCGGACAGUAACACUAGUUUCCUGAGGGCAGCAAGAGCUGGGAACGUUGAGAAAGUUCUGGAGCUUCUAAAGAGUGGACAAGACAUCUCAACCUGUAACCAGAAUGGGCUGAACGCUCUUCAUCUGGCUGCUAAAGAAGGUCAUGUGGAGCUGGUGGAGGAGCUGCUGGAGAGAGGAGCAGCGGUGGACUCAGCUACCAAGAAAGGAAACACCGCCCUCCACAUUGCCGCAUUGGCCGGGCAGAAGGAGGUGGCGAAGCUGUUAGUGAAAAGAGGAGCAGAUGUCAACGCCCAAUCACAGAACGGGUUCACUCCUCUGUACAUGGCCGCUCAGGAGAAUCACCUGGACGUGGUGCGCUACCUGCUGGAGAACGGCGGCAACCAGAGCACAGCCACCGAGGAUGGUUUCACUCCGUUGGCCAUUGCGCUACAGCAGGGUCACAACCAGGUGGUCUCUCUGCUGUUGGAGUACGACACUAAGGGUAAAGUUCGGCUCCCUGCGCUCCACAUCGCCGCCCGUAAAGACGACACGAAAUCCGCGGCCCUGCUGCUGCAGAAUGACCACAACGCUGACGUCCAGUCUAAGAUGAUGGUGAACAGAACCACUGAGAGCGGAAAGAGUGGAUUUACUCCUCUCCACAUUGCUGCUCAUUACGGAAAUGUGAACGUUUCUACACUGCUGCUGAACCGCGGCGCCGCCGUGGACUUCACUGCCCGGAAUGGUAUAACCCCUCUCCAUGUGGCCUCUAAAAGGGGAAAUACCAACAUGGUGGCACUGCUACUGGACAGGGGGGGGCAGAUUGACGCUAAAACCAGAGAUGGACUGACUCCUCUACACUGUGCAGCGCGGAGUGGUCAUGACCCAGCAGUGGAGCUCCUGUUGGAGAGAGGAGCUCCAAUACUUGCCAGAACCAAGAAUGGAUUGUCCCCGCUGCACAUGUCCGCUCAGGGUGACCAUGUGGAGUGUGUGAAACACCUGCUGCAGCACAAGGCACCCGUUGAUGAUGUCACUCUGGACUACCUGACUGCCCUUCAUGUUGCCGCCCACUGCGGCCACUACAGGGUCACCAAACUGCUGCUGGACAAGAGAGCCAAUCCCAAUGCACGAGCACUGAAUGGUUUCACUCCACUACACAUUGCCUGUAAGAAGAACAGAGUGAAGGUGAUGGAGCUGCUGGUGAAAUAUGGAGCCUCCAUCCAGGCCAUCACUGAGUCUGGUCUCACUCCAAUUCACGUGGCAGCAUUUAUGGGUCACCUCAACAUUGUGCUGCUAUUACUGCAGAAUGGAGCUUCACCAGAUGUCUGCAACAUUCGAGGUGAGACGGCCCUCCACAUGUCUGCGAGGGCGGGGCAGAUGGAGGUUGUUCGAUGUUUGCUGAGGAAUGGAGCUCGAGUGGACGCCACGGCCAGGGAGGAUCAGACGCCGCUCCACAUCGCCUCCCGGCUCGGUCAGAGCGAGAUAGUUCAGCUGCUCCUGCAGCACAUGGCUGACCCAGACGCCGCCACCACUAACGGAUAUACACCACUACACAUCGCCGCCAGAGAGGGACAGAUUCACACCGCCGCUGUACUGCUGGAGGCUGGAGCCUCGCACUCACUCGCUACCAAGAAAGGCUUCACUCCUCUCCAUGUUGCUGCUAAGUAUGGAAGCUUGGAGGUGGCCAAACUUCUGCUGCAGCGCCGAGCCCUGCCUGACGAGGCCGGGAAGAAUGGUCUCACUCCUCUGCAUGUUGCCGCUCACUAUGAUAACCAGCAGGUGGCGCUGCUGCUGUUGGAGAAAGAUGCCUCUCCUCACACCACGGCCAAGAACGGUUACACCCCUCUGCACAUCGCUGUGAGGAAGAAUCAGCCACAGACCGUACUGGCUCUGCUGCAGAAGGGGGCAGAGCCUGGCUCAGUGACCCUGCAGGGCGUGACCCCUUUGCACCUGGCUGCUCAGGAGGGUCACUCGCAGAUGGCCACACUGCUGCUGGAGAAGGGCGCUAAUUCUAACGCUACCACCAAGAAUGGACUGACUCCUCUCCACCUCUCCGCUCAGGAGGACAGAGUGAACGUGGCUGAAGUUCUGGUUAAACACGGUGCUAACUUAGACCACCAGACGAAGUUGGGUUACACCCCCCUUAUUGUGGCUUGUCACUAUGGAAACGUAAAGAUGGUCAACUUUCUUCUGCAACACGGUGCGAGCGUCAACGCCAAGACCAGAAACGGCUACACUCCUCUACACCAAGCAGCUCAGCAGGGAAACACUCACAUCAUCAACGUUCUGCUCCAGCACGGGGCGAAGCCUAACGCUGUUACCAUGAAUGGAAACACCGCUCUGUCCAUCGCAAAGCGUCUGGGCUACAUCUCCGUGGUGGACACGCUGAAGGUCGUCACAGAGGAGAUCAUCACCACUACCACCACGGUGACAGAAAAGCACAAACUGAACGUACCAGAGACGAUGACUGAGGUUCUGGAUGUUUCUGAUGAGGAAGGAGAGGACACUAUGACCGGUGAUGGUGGUGAGUAUCUCAGAGCGGAGGAUUUGAGAGAACUAGGAGACGACUCUCUAACUGGACAAUACCUGGACGGCGUGAGCUACUUCAGCCACAACUUGGACAGAGUCCAUCAGACUCCACCCCAUCUGGCUUACUCGAGAGAGGGAGUGCUGAUUGAGGACAUGAUAACCAGCCAUCAGGUUUCUGCUCUCGCCAAAGAGAGUGAGAAAGACUCGUAUCGGCUGAGUUGGGGAGCAGAGCACCUGGAUAAUGUCGUACUGACCAGUACACUGCUGCACUCUGGCCGGUCAACUCCGUGCCUUGACCAUGACAACAGCAGCUUCCUCGUGAGUUUUAUGGUUGAUGCCCGGGGUGGUGCCAUGCGCGGUUGCCGUCACAAUGGCCUGCGCAUCAUCGUGCCACCCAGGAAGUGUUCAGCACCCACACGGGUUACCUGCAGGCUGGUGAAGAGACACAGACUGGCCACCAUGCCCCCUCUGGUGGAGGGAGAGGGAAUUGCAGGCAGGAUCAUAGAGGUUGGACCCACUGGGGCACAAUUCCUUGGAAAGCUGCACCUGCCCACAGCUCCGCCCCCUCUGAAUGAGGGCGAGAGUUUGGUCAGCAGGAUCCUGCAGCUCGGCCCACCUGGAACCAAAUUCUUAGGGCCAGUGAUUGUGGAGAUUCCUCACUUUGCGGCUCUGCGUGGUUCUGAGCGUGAGCUGGUGAUUCUGCGCAGUGAGACGGGUGAGAGCUGGAGGGAGCAUCACUGUGAACAUACAGAAGAGGAACUCAACCAGAUCCUUAACGGCAUGGAUGAGGAGUUGGAUUCACCGGAGGAGCUGGAGAAGAAGCGAAUCUGCCGUAUCAUCACUCGUGACUUCCCACAGUACUUUGCGGUGGUGUCCCGGAUAAAGCAGGACAGUCAUCUGAUCGGUCCGGAGGGUGGAGUCCUGAGCAGCACGCUGGUUCCACAGGUGCAGGCCGUGUUCCCUGAAGGAGCGCUGACCAAGAGGAUCCGAGUAGGCCUACAGGCCCAGCCUAUUGGGGAGGAUAUGGUGAGGAAGAUUCUGGGGAAUAAAGCUACGUUCAGCCCCAUCGUUACUCUGGAGCCCCGAAGACGGAAGUUCCACAAGCCGAUCACCAUGACGAUCCCCAUCCCCAAGAGCUCCACCAAUGAUGGAACCAGCAUGUUUGGUGGGGACACGCCCACCCUGCGCUUACUCUGCAGCAUCACAGGAGGCACCACUCCAGCGCAGUGGGAGGACAUUACAGGAUCUACUCCUCUAACCUUCAUCAACCAGUGCGUCUCCUUCACCACCAACGUAUCAGCCAGGUUCUGGCUGAUUGACUGCCGUCAGACUCAGGAGUCAGUGAAUUUCUCCACGCAGGUUUACCGUGAGAUCAUCUGCGUUCCCUACAUGGCCAAAUUCGUCAUCUUCGCCAAAACGUUGGACCCCAUUGAGGCGCGACUGCGCUGCUUCUGCAUGACCGACGAUAAGAUGGACAAAACCCUGGAGCAGCAGGAGAAUUUCACCGAGGUGGCACGCAGCAGAGAUGUCGAGGUUCUGGAAGGAAAGCCCAUCUUCGCCGACUGCUUCGGAAACCUGGUGCCUCUGACCAAAAGUGGGCAGCACCAUGUGUUCAGCUUCUAUGCCUUCAAGGAGAACAGACUCUCGCUCUUCAUUAAGAUUCGUGACACCGCGCAGGAGCCCUGCGGCCGAUUAUCCUUCACCAAGGAGCCGAGGACUUACCGCAGUCUUACCCACAAUGCCAUCUGCAACCUCAACAUUACACUUCCUGUUUACUCAAAGGAAUCUGAUUCAGACCAGGACGUUGAUGAAGAGAGCGACAAGACUCAUGAGAAAUUGGACUGGCAUGAUGAUGCUGAUCGGAAGGAAGAGACACUGGCCAUUAUUGCUGACCUUCUUGGUUUCAGCUGGACAGAGUUAGCGAAGGAGCUGGAGUUCAGUGAAGAUGAAGUUCAGCAGGUUCGUUCUGAAAACCCAAAUUCUCUGCAGGAGCAGAGCAAUGCUCUUCUACAGCGCUGGGCCGAACGAGAGGGAAAACACGCCACUGAGGACUGCCUGAUAAAGAGGCUGACUAAAAUAAACCGCAUGGACAUCGUCCACCUCAUUGAGACACAGAUGAAUAAGUCUGUCCAGGAACAGACCUCCAGAACAUAUGCUGAAAUCGAGAGAACACUGGAUCACAGUGAAGCGCUGUCGUCGGUGCAGGAGGAUGUGGACAGUCCUCGGCUGGUCAGGAGAGUGGACGUUUCCUCUCAGAGACACCCUCCCGCCGUCUCAGAGGAGGACCUGUCAGUGGCCUCUCUGCUGGACAUCCCGUCCUGGGCGGAGACGGUGGGACAUCCGCACUCGGAGAGCAUCCACGGAGACAUGCUGGAGGAACUGGACAUCACUCAGGACAGUUUUACUAAUGCAUGGGCAGCUCAAGAGGUCAGAACUGAGUCUACUGGCAAAUCUGAACACAGCGAACAAGGGGAUGAAGUCCCGGAUAUUCCUCUACAGCCUGUGACUGAGGAACAGUACAUUGAUGAACAGGGCAACUUGGUGAUUAAAAAGGUGAGCCGGAGGGUGAUCAAGCGUUGUGUGUCUGCGGAUGGUGUGGAGAGAGAGGAGGUCAGGGUAGAGGGACGUCCUGCAGGACCCAUUACAGUCGGUCAGACAGACUCCUGCUCUAAAGUGGUGAAGAGAACUGUGGUAAAGAGUGAAGGAGACCAGACAGAGGUAACGUUCUGUGAGCAAAAUACGGCGGCAGGCAACGUGGAGGAGAAUGGCGGGGGUCGAGAGGUCACUCAGACGGUGCGGACAACGGUGGUGAAGGGUGAAAGAAUGGAGAAACGACUGGGAGACCCUCACCUGGCCACAGACCUGCCCACCGCCCAGGACGACUUCACACAGGGAGAAGAUGAGCAGUACUAAGUCUCUGAAGCGAACUGUGCUGAAGGACGUUCGAGGGAGGCUGCGGGUGUUUGUUGAACAGCUGGACCGCCCUCAUCGUCACCAUGACGACCUGCAGCAACACGUCCGCCGCCUCGUCCAGCACUACUGCGGCCGGGCAGAGGAGGAGGAAGAGG